UCCCAGACAAUUGGAUAGCUGCAGUGUGCUGGCAUGUCCUCAGAUAUCGCGCCUAGUUUAUAUGCAAUGUAGGCCACCAUGUAGAUACACUGAUAUUGGAGAUAGCAGUGGUAUCCUGGAUGUCGUUUCGCGCUUUUGUUGGCGACACUUGAUUUCACCGCAUAUCCUAGCACCGUGCAAGCCGGGUCUGCACCGUCGGCUCGCAUCCCUGAUCUCAUCAGCUGGCGUCUUGUCACGUGGACACCGCGAUUUCUAGCCUUGCUGGAGUGGGGGAAGAACCAAAUUGAUGCGAAAAAAUGCGUAGAUUUUGGAGAUCAGCCAUCAGACAGCAAAAUAUCGGCUUACGAAAACGUAGUCCUCUGCCUUUCUUUAUCUUUCACUUCCCAGCGUACCUCAAUUCACUCAGAUUUCAUAGAAAAUGACUCUUCCGCGCGUGUUCUUCAAGGUCUCGGCUGCCUCCAAGCCGCUUGGCAAGAUCGUCAUGGAGCUGCGUUCGGACGUCGUGCCCAAGACGGCCGAGAACUUCCGCGCGCUGUGCACGGGCGAGAAGGGCUUUGGCUACAAGGGCUGCACGUUCCACCGCGUCAUCCCCCAGUUCAUGCUGCAGGGCGGUGACUUCACCAACCACAACGGCACCGGCGGCAAGUCGAUCUACGGCAACAAGUUCGCCGACGAGAACUUCAAGCUGCAGCACACCGGCCCCGGCAUUCUGUCGAUGGCCAACGCCGGCCCCAACACCAACGGCUCGCAGUUCUUUAUCACUACCGAGACCACCGCGUGGCUUGACGGCCACCAUGUUGUGUUCGGCAAGGUCACCGAGGGCAUGGAUGUUGUCAAGGCGAUCGAGGCCAAGGGCUCGGCGAACGGCCGCACCUCGGAGCGCAUUGUUAUCGAUGACUUGCGGUGAGGAGAAGGCGUAACCGGAGAUGUCAGUAAAGGAUCCAAAUAAAAGUAUGCCAAACCUCGCGCAGCAAGCGGCUAAAGAUCGGUUUUGUAUUUGAAACAAAUGGCA